UUUUAUUUUGAGCCGAAUUAAUAUUUGGACGAGAGAUAUGAAAAUCUAUAUCGUUUUGGUCAAACAUGAUUGGUGUUUUUAUUUAUCUGUCAAUCUAUCGAUCGAUCUAUGAUGCUGCAAUAGACAGGUUUGGAUUACACAUUGAAUCCUGGAUUAUUCCAAAAUGCUGCCAUGAUAUGGGACCAAAAUCACUCUGGUGGUAGCUACUACUCUCUACUAUGAGCUGGUGAUGUUGUUAUUCACAGACCUUUGCACAUUUCCGUGUAGUAUUUUCAAAGUACAGUGCACUGUAAUGUAAAUGCAUAUUUAAUCACAGGCAUUUGCAUAAAUAAUGUGUAAAAGUAAAAAUGAUCCAAGGUAUUGUUUAAAUUAAUGAUGUCAUUCCGGAUGUUUCACACCUAAAAUAAAAACACCAAUCAUGUUUGACCAAAAUGAUAUAGGUUUUCAUAUCUCUCGUCCAAAUAUUAAUUCGGCUCAAAAUAAAAAAUAACGUGGAAAAGUUUCUUCGCUUUAUUUGUUUCAACUCGCAGUCUUCGGCUCCGUUUCAUUGCUACCGUAAUGUGAUGUCUCUGCGCGCACUGAAAAUCUGACUGUGGCUAGCUUGACUGCGACCGCGGAAGAGUCGGAUAGCUUGACUCCAGUGUCAGGACCACGAUCAUGUCUUUUCUUUGUGGCAUUUUUGAAGCUGCCAUUAACACUUUGCUCCUGCCGUUUAGGGUAGUCGGGGCAUUCACAUAUAAGCUGUACAGACGUCAUUUCAUGCCGCUUUUACAAUACCGGAUGUCGAUGAAGUACAAUAAGAAAAUGUGCGACACGAAGAAAGAACUUUUCCGGACCCUGUCCGACUUCAGGCGGCCGGACGGGCAGCUCACGGUUCUGGAGAUCGGUUGCGGUACUGGAGCGAAUUUCCAGUUUUUCCCUCCCGGGUGCAAGGUGAUCUGCACCGACCCGAACCCGUGCAUGCAGAAGUAUCUGCGCAAGAGCCUUGAGAACGACGAGAACCUGGUGUUUGAGAGGUUCGUGGUCGCGUCCGGGGAAGACCUGAGCUCGGUGGAGGACGAGUCCGUGGACGCGGUGGUCGGAACUCUAGUUCUGUGCACCGUCAAAGACGUGACGAGCACCCUGCGAGAAGCACGCCGAGUCCUCAGACCUGGCGGAGGCUUCCUCUUCUUGGAGCACGUGGUCGCAGAGCCAUCCACCUGGACUCACACCAUCCAGCAACUCAUCCAGCCCCUCUGGUACUACAUGGGUGAUGGAUGUCGGGUGAACCAGGCCACGUGGAAACACCUGGAAGCCGCUGGAUUCUCUGAACUGAGACUGCGCCACGUUCAGGCUCCACUGAUGUUCAUCGUCAAACAGCACAUCAUGGGCUGCGCCGUGAAAUGAUUGAUGCUCCGCUCUGCAGCGAUCAAUGUCCCAUCGGGACUAACACCGCUUGACCGAUGACCUGUUUGUGCCAUCAAACCAGCCACUUUGAUAUUGAUUAUAUUUUUAUGAAGAACACUGAGGGCUAUAUGACAUGGUUGAGAUUAUUUACCGCACUGUAUGCAUAUCAAGAUUUAGAGAAUCGAUCCUAUUGAAUUGAUCUCAGUGAAAUAUGUCGCUUUUGCUGCCAAAUAAACUAGAUGAAAUAA